GUGCCGUACGUGGAUGAUCGACGACUAGUGGAGUCCAGGCGAAUGAGGCGGCCAUUUGUCACAUCACACAGGAGAUGGCCACCGGACCGGACCGGACCGGACUGGACUGGAGCGGACCGGACCUUAGAAGACCCCCAGGGACUUUGA